AUGUUAUCACCGUCUUCUAAUAAGGAGAGCACGGAUUUUCCUGCCAAAACUAAGUUGAGCUCUUUCGAAUUCCCCAAAUUGAAGCACACCCAAUCAGGCUCUGAUACAGAUCCUUCUCUGGCUUCGCCUCUAUCGCUGUCAGAUUCCAAGUGUCGCCAAACUCCUCCAUCUGCUGCUGCUGCUGCUGCUGAUGCUGCUGCUUCCUCAAUGUCUGCCAUCGAUGGUACUCUCGAGAGAUCGUCUCCCUCUGACGAUUUCAACAUCGAUCAGUCUUCGCUAUCUUCAGCAGGUUCCAGCAGUCUCAACUCUUCCAAGAUGGGUACGCAAGACUCUCUGAUCUUCGAGAGAUUCGUCCAAGAUCCCAUGAUUGACUCCCAACCGAUGCCAAGUUCUUUUCCUAGGCAUUUUUCCUCCGAGAAUUUUGUUCCUCCUUCUUUGGACACCGCUACGGGACUGAUUACUGGCUUCGAAAAUGACGAUAACGUCACUUUGGAGGAGUUGGAGAUGGGACUUUCAAGGAGAAGACCUUCCUCUGUGAGUCUCAAAGCAGCGCUCUCUAAUGGAAACUCUAGUCGUUCUUCCCUAUUUCAGCCUACCCGGAAUUAUUCUAAUUUGACUAGGCAGCUGAGAGGGGGAAGACCUUCGUUGGUUUCUUCUUUAACUGCUCCUCCACAUCUUUCUAUAUCAACUUCUCAGGAAGGUCAGCAGCUGUCACAACAACAACAAACUCCAUCGCAACUUCAAUCGCAACUUCAAUUACAAUCUCCACAACAGUCUCCACAGCCUUCAUCUGGAUCUCCUCAACAUAUAUCUUCUCGUCCGAACUUUCCUUCUUCUCCACUGUUGAGGCAAAACAAAUCGACAAGCUCGUUCUUCUCCUACGCAGAUAUGAUCAAUCAAGAGGAUCAAGAGUCCACUUUCCCAAUAAGAAGGCCUUCUAUCUCGAUGUCUUUGUCCAAUCAGCGCCUAGCUAGAGCUGGUUCCGUCGCUACUUCUAGUGGUUACUCUGUCGUAGCUCCUCAGAGAUCUCCUACUGUGUCACGUCCUUCAAGAUCUCCCAUAUUUGCUAAUGGUAGGCGCAACUCCAAUGCAAGAUUUCCUUCUGCAUUCUCUUCUGGUAGACAUUUCAACUUGGAUAAUGUCUCCUCUGACUCAGAAAUGGAUAAUGAUCCGCUUUCUUCCCCAAUUGAUCCUUCUAAAAGGAUUAUUGGCUCUCAAAGAAGGAGUUCUGGUCUUGCUAAAGUCCAUUUAGCUCAUUCAGAUAGCUCCAACUUGGCUGCCCAUUUCCCCUCUAUAUCUUCCAAUAGAGGACCCGGUUACCAUAGCAUCGAGAAGGUAAUAUCGAAUAAUCACAAAUCAUCUGAUGAAGAAAGUAUGCACGGUGUGGUUGCAAAUUGA